AAAGGCUGCCUCUAAGAAGCAGUUUGUGGAGGGUAAAGUCAGUUAAUGGCUCCUACCAUCCUACAUGUGGAAGAUUGCGCCGUGGCGUUAUCCAGUAGGUCUCCCCACUUAAUGGAAUUAGGCAGGCAGCUGGGAAGUGCCAGCAAUUCUACAUUUUAGAUAUUUAUGUUAUGGCAAGAAUGGCAUCUCAACCCAUCCGCUUGCACAGAGCUGGUUCUUCUACUGCUUCGUUCUCCUUCACAUGGCCAGCUUCAAGAAGCAGGAAGAAGCUAAGGCCUACCUUUCUAUCUUCCAACAUUCGAGCUUCUCAAUCAAUGGAUGACAAGAACAAGGCCUUCAAAGAACUGGGUUUAUUUUCUUUAAGAAAGAAGAUUGAAGAUGCAGUUUCUCGUGCUGAGAUGUUUGCUCCAACAGCAUUGGAACUUGAAGAAGCCAGGCGCAUCAAGCAGGAAGAAGUAAUACGUGAAAUUAACCUAUGGGAUGACCCAGACAAAUCAAAUGAAAUUCUUGCCGAGUUAGCUGAUAGUGCCAAAUUGGUUGAUGCUCUCAAAGAUGUGACUUAUAAGGCUGAGGAAGCAAAGCUAAUCACGCAGCUGUCAGAGAUGGAAUCUUUAAAUUAUGGUCUAUUUAAGCAAGCAUAUGAUGCAUCUGUAGAUGUGUGCAAGUUCUUGGAUCAGUAUGAGAUGUCUAAACUUCUCAAGGGGCCUUAUGACUUGGAGGGAGCAUGUGUGAUUAUUAAAUCUGGAUCGAAAGCCAGUUACUCGGAGAUAUGGGCAGAGCAGCUUCUAAGCAUGUAUAUCAAGUGGGCCGAAAAGCAAGGGCAAAGAGGAAGGAUAGUUGAGAAGAAUUCUUCCAAGAAUGGUGGUAUAAAAUCUGCAACUAUUGAGUUCGAAUCUGUCUAUGCUUAUGGUUAUCUUUCAGGGGAGAGGGGUGUUCACUGCAUGAAAAGUUUCCGUGAUGGCUCUGUCCUCCGUGAGGCUGGCUUUGCAGGUGUGGAUGUUAUUCCUCUAUUUCUUGACACAGAUGACCUGCAACUUGACGAAAAGGAUUUAAUUAUCUCAUCGUUUUCAUCUCAUGGAGAAGAGUCAGGCCAUAUUGAACCGGGAGUUUUCAUUCAGCAUAUUCCAACUUGCAUAAGUAUUCAAUACUCAGGUGAGAGGAGCCACUUUGCGAAUAAGAUGAAGGCCCUCAACCGCUUGAAGGCCAAACUUACGGUGAUUGCAAGGGAACAAGGAGUUUCCAGUGUAAAUAGUAUCAACAGAGAUGCAAUUGUCCAUGUGUCACGGCAACAAACUCGGAAAUACGUAUUUCACCCAUACAAGCUGGUUCAAGAUGUGAAAACUGGCAUCCAACUGCAUGACCUAAACUCUGUUUUAAAUGGAAAUAUCGAACCUUUUAUUGGAGCUCAUAUUAAUAUAAGACAGGAAUGCUCUGCAUGAUUUAAAACCAGAAUGCCAUCUGUACUCUUUCAAAACACUGCCUUUUCUUUUGAAAUUUUGUGUAUCAUUCUGAAAACCCAGCUGUAAAUCAUCAACUUGAUUUGCCAAUUUAUUCUGGAGCAAUUCUCUACAUGCCAA